AUGUCAGUUAAGAGCUUUUUAGUGGGAUAUAAUCCCAUAAACAGCAGCAACAUUUUCACCAGUGGGGAUUAUAUUACUGGAAAAAUUACACUAGAGCUGGCAAAAGAGUGCAAAAUAGAAUCACUCUGGGUAAAGAUGAAGGGCAAAGCUGAAGUCCAGUGGUCUGAAAAUCACGGGAAAACAGUCGUAACGUACCACGACAAGAUGAAGUACUUCAGCAUCAAGCAGUUUAUCAUUCAGGAGGGUCAGGGCAACAAUAUUGUUGACCAGGGCUGCCACGUCUACCCAUUCACAUUUCAGAUCCCUGCAGAAGACCUGCCAUCCUCCUUCAAAGGCUCAUUUGGAAAGAUUAUGUACACACUGGAGGCAAAUCUGAGCAGGUCGAUGAGAGUAGACAGCAAAGCUAAGGCGCAGUUCACCCUCGUCCACAGUCCGAAACUACACAGUGAUCCGGUGCUGAUGAGUCCACAGCACGAGAAGACUGAGAAGAAAUUGAAGCUCUUUUCAUCAGGGACACUGGCCAUGGAUGUAAAUAUUGGGCAAACAGGCUUCCACCAAGGCGAAGGCAUAAAAGUUGUGGCCUCCAUUCAGAACAGAUCAUCUCGUGAUGUUAAGCCCAAGUACCAUCUGUAUAAGAAACAAAGUUACUUUGCAAAAGGGAAGAGGAAACUCGAAACCAAAGACAUCCUGAAAGAGGUGGGUGACGCCAUCCCGCCUUCUGCAGGCCAGACUGUCACCAGGAUCAUCACCAUCCCUCCCAGCACGUGUGUGUCCAUCUUAAACUGCAGCAUCAUCACAGUGGAGUACAGGCUCAGGGUCUAUCUGGAUGUCAAGUAUGCUUCAGACCCCGAGAUCAAAUUACCUAUAGUCAUCCUGCAGGGUUUACAGGAGCCUGAUGAGGAGCAUCUGCUCGCUUAUCCUCCCUACGGAGCUGAAGCGUAUGCAGGCUCACACAUGCCAGGAGGGCCCGGCUACCCACAAUACCCAAUGUUCACAGGCCCUUCUGCUGUACCUCCAACCAGUGAGACAGCUAUGAUGUACCCCCCCUUGACUAAUUUCAAUGAAAAAUCCUAG